AUGGUCGAUGCUCAAGAGCGUGAUCGGUUCGCCGAAAGUAAAACCGAAUUAGACGCACUUCUCUCCAUUGAAGAACUUUCAACCGUGCCUUUCCUAAUUCUUGGAAAUAAGAUUGAUGCGCCUGGUGCUGUGUCCGAAGAAGAAUUGAGACACGCACUAGGGUUGUAUCAAACCACCGGAAAGGGUAAAGUUCCAUUGAAGGAUAUUCGUCCCAUCGAGGAAUCUGAUCUUGAGAAUGGACAGGAGACCCGCGACCUGAAUGAUUAUGUAAAAGGAUCUCAGGAGGUGGGAGAGAGCUAUGAACAAGAAGUAGUGGAAGGUGGAGAACAAGAAAACAUGCUUGGUAAAGAAGAGGACGAUACUGUAGUGGAAGUUGAAAAUGAAAAUUGGGAGGAGAACGUGUUCACGAAGUCCAAUCUAUGGAGACAUUCUUAUACAGCAAAUUACUAUAUUUUCAAUGUAUCAUCAAAAUCAAUUACUCCCAUUACCACACCAAUUGAUGAAACUCAUCAAGCUGUCAUCUCAUAUGCGAAGUGGAGUCCCGUUGGUCACAAUUUGGCUUUUGUCAAGGACAACGACUUGUAUAUAUCAGUGGGGCUAACAGAAGAAAGACGCAUAACAUACGACGGAUCGACAGUUGUAUUUAAUGGUGUCCCGGACUGGAUUUAUGAAGAGGAAGUUCUGGCAACGAACUUCGCGUUCUGGUGGUCACCUGAUGCAACGCGGAUUGCAUAUAUUCGAUUGAAUGAAUCUGAAGUGCCGGAAUAUCGUUUCCCACUUUAUCUUAACGGAAUGCAUGCCGAACCUUAUGUAACUGAGGUUGUAAUGAAAUAUCCAAAACCCGGCUAUCCAAACCCUGUUGUUACGUUUCAUAUUUACGACGUGUCAACACCCCUAGUAUCUCAAUCUUCAGCAAUUCCAUUUACUGAUGACUUUUCGGAAGACGACAAGAUAAUAACUGAAGUUUGUUGGACUGGCAAUGAUAAAGUGUUGGUCAGAGUCAUGAAUCGGGUUCAGGAUAUUGCUAGAGUAGUAUUGGUGGAUGUUUCCACCCUAAAGGGCACAACGGUCCGUGAGGAGAAUGCAGACGAGAGAGACGGUGGUUGGUUUGAAAUAACCAGAAGUAUGGUAUACCUAAAUAAAUCCGGAAGUUUGAACCAAGAUGCUUAUUUGGAUAUAGUUGUCAAUGACGGGUAUAAUCAUCUAGCCCUUUUCAGUCCUAUAAAUUCAAACACUCCACAGUAUCUUACUAGUGGCGACUGGGAGGUUGUGGGUGGUGUUCAGGCCGUCGAUUACACCCGUGAACUUAUUAUCGAAGCUAAUUCUGGCGUGUUUCAAGUGGGAAUUGCUGUCGCUCCUGUGACCGAUUGGAGAUUCUACGAUUCUAUAUACACUGAACGUUACAUGAAGACACCUGCAUCAAACGCUGAAGGAUAUCAGAACGCGGCUGUGACAAAUAUGACUGGAUUCAAAAACGCGAAAUUUUUGUUGGUACAUGGAACUGGCGAUG